GCAUCUUUCGCUAAUUGUCCACAUGGCCCUCGCGUGUGUGCCUUUUUCUCUUUUCGCCCCUCCACCUGCGCUUACAGCCUCUCCCUUCCCCUCUCUCUCUUGUUUGAGACGACGAACAAGCAACACAGCCAGCCAUGGGUCGCGUGCGCACAAAGACUGUGAAGAAGGCCGCCAAGGUCAUGAUUGAGAAGUACUACACUCGCCUCACCAACGACUUUGAGACCAACAAGCGCCUCGUUGAGGAGUUUGCCAUUGUUCCCUCCAAGCGCCUCAGGAACCAGAUUGCUGGUUUCAUCACCCACAUGAUGAAGCGCAUCCAGAAGGGCCCCGUGCGCGGCAUCUCCAUCAAGCUGCAGGAGGAGGAGCGCGAGCGCCGCGACAAUUACGUGCCCGAGGUCUCUGCCAUCCACGCCGACGACACCAUCCCCGUGGACCAGGACACGUUCGACAUGCUGCAGUCCAUUGGCUACAGCACACUCGACCGCCUGCGCGUCGAGGGCCGCUAAGCGGACCGUUGCCAAGCCGCCGCACAACCACCUCCAUAACCAUCGUCAUCGUCAUGCUUGCGGUGUGGUUCUUCAGUUUGUUGAGCGGCACCUCUUUUGCCUGUCGCCUGUCUCUCUCCAAGUUUGUGGUUUCGACCGCGUGUUUGCCUGCUCUGCGCGCGUGUGGCGUGUGUGAUGCAAAGCAUUGCUUCCCGCACAUGUGUGGUGCACGUUCCAUUCGGUUGAAAUAAAGCAAACAAAGGAGCACACA